CCGAUCCCUUGUGUAGCAAGUUUGUGAGUGAAAGUAAACUAUUCGGAUUGUUAUUUGUAGCCUGCAGUACUUUAAACAGGCUACAUGACCCUGUGACCCGGCUGUCAGAGAGUCCGCCAGACCAUGGCUACAGUGGGCGAAAGCCAACUUCAAAGGAUUAUCAGAGAUCUGCAUGAUGCAGUUACAGAGCUCACCAAAGAGUACAGGGAGAAUGGGGAGCCAAUCACAGACGACAGUUCCAACCUGCAUAAAUUAUCCUAUAAACUGGAGUACCUGUUACAGUUUGACCUAAAAGAAAAGACAACAUUUAUGGGUACAAGGAAAGACUACUGGGAAUACUUCAGCGACUGCUUGGCCAAAAUCAAAGGAGCCAACGAUGGCAUUCGCUUCGUUAAGUCCAUCCCAGAGCUGAAAACCUCUUUGGGUAAAGGCAGGGCCUUCAUUCGCUACUCCCUGGUACACCAGCGCUUGGCAGACACUCUGCAACAGUGUCUGAUGAACCAGAGGGUCACAAGCGAUUGGUUCUACGCACGCAGCCCCUUCCUGAAACCACACCUCAGUGUUGACAUCAUCAGUCAUCUGUAUGAGCUCAACGAGGUCCAGUUUGACGUGGCCUCCAGGGGUCAUGAUCUCGAUUCAUCCUGGCCCACUUUCGCCAGGAGAACUCUGGGCUUGCCAAAUUCGCCGAGUCACACGUGGAAAGCCCCUAGUCGUAGUUCCAGCAUCAACAGUCUUGCCAGCACUUACUCACAGCAGGCGCACGAGUUCCCGUCCAGCCCCGACUAUGGAACGGGCAUGCUGAGCGAGCUGAACGAGUCCCUUCCUGCCUGCGGCGCGGACGUCAGCGCCGUCGACGACCUCCGCCUGGAGCUGGACCAGUCGGAGCUCAAGCAGCGGGAGCUGCUGGAGAGGGUGCAGCAGCUGGGGGAGGAGGGGGCCGAGCUCAGGGGGGUGGUGGUGGAGCUCCAGAGGCAGCUGGACGUGUCUCUGGCCGCCCAGGGGGAGCAAGCGGGCCUGCAGAGGGCCCUCAGGACCCUGGAGGGGCGCGAGGAGGCCCUGGAGAAGGAGCUGGAGGGUCUCCGGAUGGCUGAGAGGGCCCGGGCGACAGAACAGCGCCUCCUUCAAGAAAAGAUGCUGGUCGCCGAGGGGAAAAACGCAGAGCUCAUGGCUAAGCUUGACGGGGUGCUGGAUGAGAAGGGACAGCAGGCAGCCAGCUACUUUGACUCGGCCCAGAAGAUCCACGAACUCCUCGACAAGCUGAAGGAGGCGGACAAAGGGAAGAUGGACGCUGUGGUGGAGGGGGAGGAGAGGAGGAGGCAUGCAGAAAGACUCGCAGAGGAGCUGAGGGGCCAGGAGACGGCGGCGAAAGAGGCCGAAACGAAACGUGCAGCGCUGGCAUUGUCUUCAGCCGAGCAGAAAGCCAAGCUUAAGGAGCAGGCAAAGGAUCAGCUCAACGCUAUUGAGAAUCUGCAGGGGGCGUUGUCGGUGAGGGAGAAGGAAGCCAGCAACCUGCAGCGGCAACUUCAGGACCUCCAGCGUGCUUUGGAGGAGAAAGAGAGGCUGGCCGAGGAGAUCAGGAGGAGGUCAGAGGACGAGAAAGAGGAGACGCAGAAGAGUGCAGCAGAAGUCAAGGAAUCUCAAGAAAGGGAGCUCCUCUCACUGAGGAAGAAGCUGAGGAACACGGAGGCCGAGCUGGCCUCCAGCACUGGGAGGCUCCAGGAGUCGGAGGCCCAGAAUCAGAGCCUGACCGCGGAAAGGGAAGGCCUCAGCGGCAGCCUCUCUGAGGCGGAGGCCGCCCACAGGGAUCAGGCCAAGAAAACCGAGGACUACAAGACCCAGUGCACUAACCUGAUGGAGCUCAACGGGAAGCUGCUGAGCGCGGCGAAGAGGAACGAGGAGCUGAAGAAGGAGCUGGCGGAGAACCGCGCGGCGCUGGAGGCGGAGGUGGCCGCCCUGAGGGCCUCUGACAAGCAGCUGCGGAGCCAGUUGGACGACGCCAAGGUCACGGUGGACGAGAAGGAGAGGAGGCUGCGCGAAGAGAACCGGGCCCUGGACGAGAGCCUUCAGAGGGCCGCCAUGGCCGCCGGGGUCUCCGACAAGAACGCCAAGCGCCUGGAGAAGGAGAACGUCAGCCUGAGGGAGGAGCAAGCCACGGUGAAAGUGGCGCUGGGCUCCAUGCAGGAGGAGCUCCGGGCCAUCCACGGGCAGAUCGGGGAGCUGGAGAAGAGCUUGGGGGUCUCGCGGAGGAGCGAGGCGGGUCUCCAGGAGCGUCUCAGAGACAGGGAGGCCCAGUUGGAGAACAAGAAGAAGGACUGCGCGGAGCUCCAGGCCCGGAUGGAGGACCUGGAGGCCAGAGAGAGAGAGCUGGAGAAGGCCAAGGCCCAGGCGGAGGACACCUGUGCCAGGCAGACGGAGCUGAUCCAGAGGGUGACCUCACAGACGCAAGCUGUGGAGAAGGCCCAGCUGGAGAGGAGCUCUGCCCAAGCCAAGGAAAGCCAAGAGGCAGCUUCCAGGCUGACGCUGGUGGAGAGCCAGCUGGAAGUGAACGUCAAGGAGGUCUCCAGGCUCCAGGGGGAGGUUCUGGACCUGAGGGUGCAGCUACAGAAGUCCGGGGAGGAGAGGGUGAAGACCGAGGCUCAGCUGCAGGUGACCGAGGCCCAGAGGGACGAGCUGAGGACCCUGACGGAGCAGCUCAAAGUCCAGACGGAGGCACUCAACCAGGAGCACGUGGCCGAACUGCUCCAGUGCCGAGAGCGAGAGGAGGCGCUGGCCAGGGAGCGCGACAGGGACAAGGCCGCUCACGCAGAGCUGGCUGCCCUGGAAGCUUCCGGAAGGGAACAGCUGGCGACUCUGAAGGCCCAGAACGAGAGGCUGGAGCUAGAGAGCACAGAGACCAAAGAGGGGCUCCACCGGGCGAACACCGAGAUGGCGGAGCUGGGGAUGACCAUCUGCAGGCUGACGGCGGAGAAGGAGGAGGCCAGGGAACACUGGGAAGGCGGGGCGACCGAGAUGGAGAUGCUAAAGGAGAAGACGACCAGGGAGGGGGAGCGACUCGAGGCCUGCCUGGCCGCCCUGCGGCAGGAGAACCUCAGCCUCAACGAGGAGCUGAAACAGACGGAAAACCUUCCGGCAACCAUGCUGGAGCUGCAGGAGAAGUUGGAGAAGGCAGAGGGUCAGGUGAAGAUGCUCGAGGACUCUGGUCGUGAGGAGAUGGAGGCCGUGAAGUUCCAGAUGAGUUCGGAGAGCAUGAAUUCUCAGAACCAAAUCAAGAAUGUAAAUGAGGAGCUGAGAAAUGCAAGAGCACAGCUGCAAACAGAGAAGCAGAAGGUGUCGAGUCUGGAGGCCAAGGUGUCCGAGUUAGAGAGUGUAAAUGUGGAGUACUUCCGUCUCAUCGGAGAGAAAGAUGCUCACGCCACGCGGUCAGAAGCUUCGCUUCGCCAGAGCGACGAGGAGAUCCAGAGACUGAAAUACUCUGUUGCUAGCACGGAGGAGGUUUUGUCGGAUGCCCAGAAGGUGCGUGACGAGCUGCAGCUGAAACUGGACCGGGCUGAGGCCUCGAACCAGAACCAGAACCUCACGAUGGCUGCGGAGAUCGAUGACCUCUGCAGAACCAAAAGCUACCUGGAGGAGCGGCUCAUUGAGCUGAUCAAGGAUAAAGACGCUCUGUGGCAGAAGUCUGACGCUCUGGAGUUUGAACAGAAGCAGCGUGCGGAGGAACGUUGGUGGCUGGUGGACAAGGAGGCCACUCACUGCCUGGGCUGCCAGGGCCACUUCACCUGGUGGCUACGGAGACACCACUGCAGACUGUGCGGCCGCAUCUUCUGCUACUACUGCAGCAACAACUUUGUGACGACCAAGCACAGUGGGAAGAAGGAGCGCUGCUGUAGGGAGUGUUACACCCAGCACAGCGCCGUGGUGGAGAGGUUCACCCAGGCUGAGCUGAGCCCCUCGGAAACCCUGCCCCCUCCCCUCGAGGCCGACCCUCAGGACCACCCCCAACCAGCCCCCUACAAACCCACACCCAGGGUCACAGUGUUGGACCCUAAGUCCGAUGAUGGGGCCUAUGACAUCAUCACGGAGGAGGAUGUAAAUGGGGUCUAUGAUAGCGAUACCAUGUCCCAAACUACAGGGGGUUCCCUGGAGGGUGAACAGGAAGCAAAACCUCCAGGAGCGUUGGACAUAGGCACAGGAGACUUGACCCCAGAUGACCCGGAAGAAAAUGUCCCCACAGUGCAGGAUGCAGAGAUUAACCUUCUCAAAUGUGGGGAACUAACGCUUGUCGUCCCCCUCGGCCUCGCCGACGUGACUCAGUUUGGCGAUGGCUCCCGUGAGCUCUUCGUCAAGUCCAGUUGCUACAGCGUGGUAGCCAUCGCCGUGGACAACCCCGGCCCCACCAUCAAGUGGGUGUUCUCCUCCGAACCCAAGAGCAUCUCCUUCAGCGUGGUGUACCGCGACACUGCCGACUCCAAGGUGGAGCAGUCCAAGGUGCUGAUUCCUCUGACUCGGUGUAAUUCCCACAAAGAGACCAUCCAAGGCCAGCUGAAAGUCAGGAAUCCCGGACUGUACACCCUCAUCUUUGAUAACUCCUUUUCUCGGUUCAUCUCUAAGAAAGUGCUGUACCACUUAACCAUCGAGGAGCCAGUAAUCUACGAUGGGAGUGAUUUUCCAUGAACCUGGUUUGCAAUUUCUGACUCUGAUACAGGGUAGAUUAUAGAGGGAUGAAGACAUAGGGGAGAUGGGGAAAACGAAAAUGGCGCUUUUACAUUUAGUUAUUUUUUAUUUCCAUCCUUCAGGGUGCUAAGUGGGCCAUGUUCCCUAGUAUAUAUUUUUUGUUUUAGCGAUCUUGUGUUCUUUCAUGCUGUGGAGUGUGUUUGUGGUUUGACCUCCCGCCCAGUUUAACCGUUCACAGAUGGAGAUGAAGUGUAAGGAAGUGUGACUAUGGAGAUACUAAUACGUUUAUAAAACAUAAUCCGACAAUUCAUGUAAGCAUGAAAACAUAUUUGCACAUAUGUACUGGUAAUAUCAAGAUGAACUAGAUUUUUAAAAGAUACAGUCAACACUAAUGGUAGGUGUUAUUUGUGUUUGAUAAAAAUAAAAAAUGCUUUUUGGGUUCUUCAAAGCCUCAGCGAAUGAAUGAGAUUAACCUUUUAUAUGUGCAUUUCAACAGUAAUGCAGGCCUUUAGUGGGGCAGCCAUUCUGUGUCUAAGGAAAUCUUUGAAGUCUGCUCGCUUUGUGGAACUCAGGAGUUGAAGGGAUCUGUUUUUGUGACACUUAAAUAUUUCAUGGUUUAGAUAAAUAUUUUCUAUCUGUACUAAAAAAAUAGAAGUUUGGAAGCCUUCCAAUUUUGUCCAAAGCUGAUCCACAUGACUGUGAUGCGAAAGACAAUGGUUCUGUGAUUUUCUUUGUUUUCUCCAUAAUUUUAUAACUGACAAUCUGUUCUUUUAGAUGAUACUGUUUGAAUUUCAGCUAAUACUAUGUAUAUUAGCUACCUUUAAACUCAAAGGAACAUACUGACAACAGUUCCAGGUAACACUAACAGUCAAUGGGUCUGUCACUUCUAUUAUCACUAUCAUCAUUUUCUUGUUUCGAAUGUCGAUGCAAGAUGAUGCCAUCUUCAAGUAACAUACUAUAUAUUUCAAUAUACGAUUGAAAACACAUAUGCAUUAUACCUAUUUAUGCAUGAGAUUUACUUUUGUCAAAGGAAUUUGUUGACGACAUUCGAAAAAGAAUGUCCUUUGUUGGUUUUUGGUUUAGGAAGAUGUUCCUAGAUGGUUUUAUUUUGUUUUAGAUUUAUUAACAAUAUUCUUCAAGUCGACAUUGCAUAGUAGUAUCUGUGGAUAGGAACACGAAACUGGUAUUUGAUCGUGUAGUUAUACACUUUAUUAUUAAGUGGAACAAGGUACAGGGCUGUGCAUGCCUGAUGUCCAGGGAGGAAAUACCAGCAUGGUAACUGCAAAUGUUACUGUUUUGUUUUGUGUGUUUAAAGCUGCAGUUUUAGAUUUACGUUUUACCUCCUCACCAGGAUCCAAUUAUGUUUUAAUUUUGUGUGUUGCAUGUUUUUCUGUUUCUGUUAAUGUUAAUACUAUCUCACACAAGUAGUAUGUUAUCGUGAUGACGUGGAUAUCACUAAUGGAACAAGGGCUACACUCUACUGCGUUUUACGAUAAUUUUUUAUAUUUAUAAAAAAUGUCGUACUUCCUUACCCAGAAUUGUCUAAAAUGGUGCAAUUUGUAUACAAAGCCUCAUAUUUUCUCUACAGACGUGCACUUUCAGAUGAUUGAUUUAAAAUAAAGCGAAUUGUAUUUUACAUUGACAAACUGAUUUUGCAUCUUUUUAUGAACAGCAGUUUUACAAAGA